AUGGCGGAGGGCCUUGCAUCCCAUAUGAUCUGGACCGGGAUUCCAUGUAAUGGUGUCGCCCUGCAGAUGAAAGAGGGACUCAGUGCCCGAACUUCAACACCGAUCUCACAAGCAAGUUCCAUCAAACGAAGGAAAACGUAUCAAAAUCAUCCAAAAUUCCAACCACGCGGCCAGGAUGAUGACCAGGGAGCAGGCGGAGGUGGAAAGCAGUGGCACGUCAAGGACAACACCACAAGGAGCUUCCCGUACGGCCUCCCCUCACCGCCAUCCUCAUACUACACAUUCAUCCAUGCCACCACUCCCCUCGGCUACAUCUCACCCCGUGUCUUCGACAAGAUCACCUGGGACCCGUCGAUCUGGACGAUAAACCGCACCUCGCGGACGGUGGAACUGCGGGGCCAUGAUGUCACGGAGCGGGACCGGGCUCUAGCUUCUUUCCUAGCGGGUCUACGUGAGAGGAGGGCCUUUGGAGUGUUGGAGGGGUGGAGGGGCGAGUCGUAUCCAGUCUACUCUUAUAACCGGGAGAGUGGGAAGAAAGAGGUGAUCAUGAGUAUGGAGAGGGCAGCUACGCCGCUUUUUGGGGUGGCAACGUACGGGGUGCAUAUGACUGCCUACACGUAUCCUAAAGACGGGGAGGCGGGCAUGAAGAUCUGGAUCCCCCGUCGAGCCAUGACGAAGCAGACGUAUCCCGGUAUGCUGGAUAAUACCGUGGCAGGCGGAAUCGCCACAGGAGAAAAAGUCAUGGAUUGUUUGAUUAGAGAGGCGAGCGAGGAGGCUUCACUGUCUGAAGAUCUGGUGAGAGGGAAUGCAAGGCCCUGUGGCACGGUGACUUAUUUCUAUGUUCGUGAUGAGCGGGCCGGUGGGGAGACAGGCCUCUGUCAGCCUGAAUGCGAGUAUGUCUAUGAUCUUGAGUUGCCGGUGGAUGUGGUCCCCGUGCCGGGUGAUGAUGAGGCAGUGGAUUUCCGGUUGUUGAACGUGGAGGAGGUGAAGACGGCGUUGAACGCGGGGCAGUUCAAGCCCAAUUGCGCGUUGGUCUUGCUGGAUUUCUUUGUGAGGCAUGGAGUGCUGAGGCCGGAGAAUGAGCCGGAUUAUAUCGAGAUUGUGAGCAGGUUGCAUCGAAGGCUUGAGUUUCCAACGGCUUGA